AUGGAAGCAGAACAUAAGAAAUUAAAAACUCAACAUCCAAGCUUCAAAAGACCAAUGAUAUACGAGAGUGCAGGUUCAGGUAACCCUGCGCCACACAAGAAAAUUAAACCUGACGAAUUAUCUCCUUAUGAAGACUCAGAUGACGACAGAAAAAUUCCGCAAGCAUUAAAAGAAAGCGAUAGUGACGAUGCAACUACGUCAUAUUUUUAUGAAACUGAUUAUGAUACAGAUGACUCUGAAAUUGGACAAAAAGGCGAAAAGAGGAAACAUUUAAGUAGUUCAUCUAACCAUGAACAACGAAAAAGACGAAAAAGCAAAAAGAAACGAAAACAUGUGCAUGAAUCAAACAAGAAAAAUAUCGAAGAACAACGCGAUGAGCCUAAAGACACGCCCGAACAUGCGGAUGAAGCUGAAGGGUGCGGCUCACCGGAACGUCAUAGCGACAGUAGCGCCAUCUAUGAGUAUCCACGGAAAGCCCGUCGCACGCCCGACGACGCGAGCGCCAAAGCUUCGCAAAAGAGACGCCUCAGCGAAAACCACACAACGGGUCCGAUCCUACGUCACGACUUAAUGAGGUGGAGAUUAAAACUAGCCGAAUAUGAAUACGAAAUAAAAUAUAAGCCUGGAAAGAAGAAUAAAAAUGCUGACGCUUUAUCACGAAAUCCUAUCGAAGAAAUUAAAACUCUAUGUCCGUUACGCGCCAAGCGAGCACGAUCUUCCUCAAGCGAAGCUUCAAUGGAAGCAGAACAUAAGAAAUUAAAAACUCAACAUCCAAGCUUCAAAAGACCAAUGAUAUACGAAAGUACAGGCUCAGAUAACCCUGCGCCACAUAAGAAAAUUAGACCUGACGAAUUAUCUCCUUAUGAAGACUCGGACGAUGAUAGAAAAAUUCCGCAAGCAUUAAAGGAAAGCGAUAGUGACGAUGCAACUACGUCAUAUUUCUAUGAAACUGAUUAUGAUACAGAUGAUUCUGAAAUUGGACAAAAAGGCGAAAAGAGAAAACAUUUAAGUAGCUCAUCUAAUCACGAACAACGAAAAAGACGAAAAAGCAAAAAGAAACGAAAACAUGUGCAUGAAUCAAACAAGAAAAAUGUCGAAGAACAACGUGAUGAACCUAAAGACGCCCGAACAUGCGGAUGA